CGUCACGCCACGUCCUCGGAAAAAUCGCUUCCCAGAUCGCUUCUCAGAUCGCCACUCCCUGGCCUCCUUACUAACAACUGCAUCGCGACUUCUAGCCCAUUUCUACCAUCUCUAACCCUCUUCCUGCCCUCGAGUCAGGCGCCGCUAUCGUGUGCAUCCCACCCUGAUCCACGCGUGUAUUGAUACCUCCGAUUUGAUCACCACGAUUCAUCGUCUCCCUUCUUUACGAAGGGCCUCACCUAUACAUAUUGUCACAACUUCACCAUAGAAAUGGCUGAAGUACAACCCAGAUCUCAAAACUCAACUACCCGGGGUAGAGGCGGUGGUCGAGGUGGCCGGGGAGGCUUUGGCGGCCGGAACACAACUGGACGACGGGCCAAUGGUGAUAAGACCACCACGGAACACGCUACCUUUGACGACGAUAGUGAUGUUGCCCAGCUAAGAGAAUUACACGGUGGGAAACUUGAGUUGAUCAAGGAACUAUUUGCAGACUGGUCUGAUGCCGAUAUUCUCUACGCUCUAAAGGAAACUGAUGGCGAUGUCGAGCUUACAGCUGCCCGAAUUGCUGAUGGGACAAUCUCUCAAUGGGGCGAGGUUUCGAAGCCAAAGAAGCCCGCCACACGACCCAAGACCAAAUCUGACGCUCCCUCGACUGGUCCCGCUGAAUCACCUAAUAACAGCAGACCUGCCCGUGGUGGCCGCACGGAUGGUGGCCGAGGUGGACGCGCUCGUGGCAAUGAGAGAGCCCGUGGUGGCCGUGGUCGCGGCACUGCUCACGCAACUACGAAUGGUCACCGUGCCAAGGAUACUCAAUUGUCGGUUCCGACUGAGGAAGCUUCUGCAUGGGCUAAUGCUGUCACUGUCGACGACACACAAUCGACCGAAUGGACCACUCCGGCCCCUGCUGCUACCGAUUCUACAAAUGAUAAUGUCCCUGCCCCUGCUUCUACCUCUGAACCUGCUCCUAAACUUGCCACUACUCCAGCUGCUCCAAAAACUUGGGCAAGCAUGCUCAGACAGUCGACUGCCCCUAAGCCUGCGCUGAAGCCGAAAGAAGUUUCUGUACCUAAGCCUAUCGAAGUCGUCGAACCUCUACCCCCAUCUGAACCCUCAAUUCCAGAGCCUGAGCCAGAGCCAGAAGUUGAAGAGACACCGCCGCCCACUGAGCCGCCUGUCGAACAGCCAGUACCCAUUGAGACAGUCAAGAUCGUUGAACCUGAAGUUGCUUUACCACCAUCUGAGGAUGAUCUCACCAAAGUGAAUCUCGACUUGCUUCCCGACGAGUCGCAUCCCCCAACAACUGCGACCGCAGCCAGCACCGCAGCUGACUCAUGGGACGCUCGCCAAGCCGCGCAACCUAACGCCGCUGUAACACCACUCUCUGCAUCACAAGCCCAACACCAAGCCAACCGAGCCGGCGCCAGUGGUUACGCGGCCACUGCACUGAAGGCAACGGAGCGCCCUACACCGCGCAUGCCUAGCUACCAGCGUCGCCUUCUAGAACAAGAGGAGGCAGUCCGUAUGCCUGGGAAUCGCGAGGUUGACCGCGCUGCUGUACAAUUUGGCGCUUUCAGUCUCAAUGGAGCUGAAGAUGAUAUUGAUGGCGACCGUGAAGAUCCUGAAACCCGAACCCAACCUCCUGCUGAGUCGCCAGUAGCGCCUCGAGCCUCUCUUCCUCCUAUCGCGCAGCCCGCCUCAGUCCCCGAUUCAUUUGCCUCUACACAGAAACCCAUAGCGUCUCAACCCCAGGUUCCCGGCGCAGCUGGUAAUGUUCCCGUCCCUCUUCUAGGAAAUCAUAGAACUCACCGUGCAUUAGUGACACCUGUAGCGCCACCUACUGGACCUGCUUCAACGGUUUCCCAAACACCCCAAGCGCCAUCAAGCAACCAGAACUACGGCCGAUUCCCACCGGCCAGUAGUCAUGAGGCCGCCGGUUUCCCCCAGAAACCCUACGAUACCUUUGGCCAACAGCCAACAACUACAUCGGCAAGCUUCGACAGCUUCCCAGCCGCCACAACUCAAGCACCAGGAUCGCAAACCAGUGCUGCUUUCAGCUCUGGAUCCACUGAUUAUUCUUCUUACUAUCCUGCAGAUCAACAAACCCGAAAUGCUUAUGGCGGGUUUUACGGUUACGGUCACCAGCAAGGUGGGCAGAACCAUGGCGAACCUAACGCUUCUAGUCGCCCAUUUGGUACCUAUAAUGCCUCUCAAAGCGAUAAUUUGAGCCAGUACCCCCAGAGCGGAGCUCAACAGUCCCGCUACCCUGGCGGUACAACCACCGAUGCGCACAACAGCGGACAUAAUACUCCUAAUCCCGUAGGCCAGAACCAGCAGCAGGCUUCCGGCCAGGGCGCCCAGCCUCAGUCUAACAUGCAUCAGCAGCAGCCCUACCCUUAUCAGCAUCCUUACUAUACGAGCCCCUAUUACGCUCAAUACAUGGGCCAACCGUACGGCGGGUACGGUCAAGGCGGAUAUGCUGGCGCCCCCUACGGCAAGGGUGGUAUCUAUGGUCAGGGUCACCAUCAGUAUGGCAUGUCUCCUCAGGGUCCCUUCGACCAUGGGUCCACAGCGAAUACAGCGGGUUUUGGUCAGUCUUCUGUUGGUAGCCGCGACAGUGGAUUGGCUUCUGGCAUCAAUGAUUUCAGUCGCAGUGGUACGAGUCAGCAGUCAAGUGCUCCGGGUGCACUUGGUACUGGCGGGUUUGGGGGCGUCCACGACUCUUAUGGGCGAGGCGCGGGCUUUUCAUCACAAGGCGGCCAAGGUUACAACACUACCAAUGCACCUACUACGACCCCUGGCAGUGGUAAUGACGAGCUGAAGCCCUACGGAGAGUCUAAGGCCGGGGGGCCUAGUCCUUCCCUUGCCUCCGCAGCACGUCCGGGAUCGACCAAUGCCACCCCCGCUGCGUCUGGUCUGCCGCCUCCUCAGUCCACCCAGCAAGGUAUGGGCGGGUACAGCAGCUAUCCCGGACACCUAAGUCAGAAUCUCCACGGUGGCCAAACGGGCGCCGGCAGUUAUGGACUCGGUGGCUCCGGUAGCCAAGGGCACGGAAGCAACCCAUACGGUGGCUAUGGUAAUCAGGGCUUUGGCAACUACUACGGCCGACAGGGUCAUCAAAGUGGAUGGGGCGGCAAUUACCACUAGGUGUCGAAAAUGUCGCCGAAACGCGCAGGAAAUUUUUAUUUCCGGAAACAUAGGGGAUAUUGCAGAGAUUUUGCGAGGGUGGCAGGUGCUCCGUUCUAAUCAUUUUUAGAGCAACACGUGUAUGAUGCUCCUUGGUCGGUGGGUUUAUGCAUGGGAUGGGCAAAAGUUUUUACUGCUACUCCGGACGGCGAAUCAAGUGUACUAUUGUUUUCCUUAGGAAAUGGUUUACUCGUCAAAUCCGGAUGGGCACUACCCAUAAUCAGGAAAUAGGGGUAAAGAGCACAGCUAUCUUCAACUUGGCUGCGCAUGCAGUUUUAUACUAGAAUUGUAGAUUACACCCCGUUUCCAGCUCAGCACUUUACCUAAGAACUAAAUACAAAGAA